CCAUGGUAAUAGCUGCGGUCAGCCGCUACGUAUACGUUUACUGCACAGCCGUGGCAGAAGAGCACAGACGACAGAAAGUACCUCUCUGUUUAUCUUCUUGUUAGGCAGCUUUUGUAGUCAUUUUCCUGGGCUAUGAAUUCCUAUGAGGGGCGCCGCUUCUCCGCCAGCUCGUUCUCCGGGUUCGGGGGGCGGGUGGCGGCGGUGGCGGGUGGGUCAGCCGUGCGUUCCAGCUUCGGGACGGCGGCCGGAGGUGCCGGACUCGGCUUCAGGAUGGGCUUUGGUGCCGGUGGCGGGAUGAGCUCCGGUGGCAGCAAUAUGCUGGGCUUCAUUGGUGGGGACGCUGGCAGAGGUGGCGGUGGCGGAGGAGGUGGAGCAGGUUUUGGAUUCGGCGGUCAGGACUUGUCCCCCGGGCUUGUCGGUAAUGACAAGGAACAGAUGAACAACCUGAACAGCCGUCUGGCCACCUACCUGGAGAAGGUGCGUAAGCUGGAGGAGACCAACCACGCCCUGGAGGAGAAGCUGAGAACCUUCACCUGCAAUGAGAUCGAGGCUCACGAUCUGACAAUCUACGACAAAACACUGAUACCACUCAAGGAACAGCUGAUGAAGACCUUGAUGAAGAACACACAGACGGCGAUAGAAAUCGACAACGCCAAGCUAGCCGCUGAUGACUUCAGAAUCAAGUGGCAGAACGAGCUGGCGAUGCGUCAGUGUGUGGAGGGGGACGUGGGGGGGUUGAAGAACCUGCACCGUCAGUAUGAGAUGGACAACACGGUCAUGAUACAGGACAUUCAGGGCUACGAGGAGGAACGGCUCUCCAUGAGGAAGAACCACGAGGAGGAUCUGAUGUCAAUGCGUGGAGGCAUGUCGGGCCAGGUGAACGUGGACAUCCAGUCUGCUAGAGGCCAGGACCUGUCCGCGGUGCUGACUGAGAUCCGGUCUGAGUAUGAGGCAGCCAUGGAGAAGAACCGCAAACAGGCUGAGGACUGGUACACAAAACAGGUGGAAAUGAAGCAGGCAGCGACGGUGACCGAGGCAACCGCGGCGACUGCGACCACGUCAGAGCUGACCGAUUUACGCAACCGCUACCAGAGCCUCCAAAUUGAAUGCGAGGGUCUACGCAUGGGGAUAGCGAACCUGGAGGCCCGGCAGGUGGAGAUUCAGGCCCAGUUCCAGCAGAGACUUUCCGGGUACAGUGGCACGGUGGUCGCCCUGGAGGAAGAACUCACCUCCAUCCGGUCCAGCAUCACAGAGCAGAGCGACGACUACCAAAGCUUGCUCAACAUUAAGAGUCGUCUGGAGAAAGAGAUUCAGCAGUACAGGGGGUUGCUGGAGGGAGCCAAUGUCGGAGAGCCCACAGAGUCCUCAGGUAAGGCCGUCGUGACCAUCAGAACCAUCGUGUCAGAGGGGAAAUCGUCAGGGGGCACCGGAGGACAGGCAACGAUGUCAUCGGGCGGGAGCAAGGCGGGGGGAGGGGCAGUGAUGACGACAAAGUCCAGCAUCAGCUCCUCGUUUACCUCCUCUAGCAGCUCAGGUGCAGGAGCAGACGUCAUGUCAUCAGGAGUUGCUCCAAUGGUUUCCGGUGGUGGAGGAGCCACGGAGGGAGGCAAGAAGAUGUCCGUUAACUCCUUGAGCAACACAGAAGUACCCAGAGCAGGAGGUGUAGUGAAGGAGGGAGGCUUGCCAAAGUCUGGCACCACAGAUGUUGGUUCUUCAUCUAGCAGUUCAGGAGGCACAGCUAUGAUGUCAUCGGGGGGAGGCACUGAUAAAGCUGUAAAAUCAGCAGGAGGCGGCGCCGGUGCAACAGUGAUGUCAUCAGGAGGUGCAAUGAGGGAGGCAGCCUCGGUAAAGUCUGGCAUCACAGAUAUUAGCUUUCCAUCAAGCAUUUCAGGAGCCACAGUUAUAAUGUCAUCAGGAGGAGGUGCAAAUACAGAUAUAAAAUCAGCAGGAGGAGGCACAGGUGAAGCAGUGAUGUCAUCGGGAGGUGCAGUGAAAGAGGAUGGCUUGGUGAAGUCUGGCACCAGUGAGGCAAUGUUGUCGUCAGGAGGCGGCGCAAAGGAGGAGGGCAUGUUAAAGUCUGGUAUCCCAGAGGUCAGCACUUCAUCUAGCAUUCCAGGAAAUGCAACUAUGAUGUCAUCAGGAGCAGGUGUUGGUACAGUUAUGAAGUCAACAGGAGGAGUUGCCGGUGCAGCUGUGUUGUCAUCAGGUGGUGCCGUGAAGGAAGGCAUUAUGAAGUCUGGCACCACAGAGGUCACCUCUUCAUCUAGCAUUUCAGGAGGAGGUGCACCUAUAACUUCAUCAGGAGGUGAUGCCAGUGCAGUUGUAAAGUCACCUGGAGUCACCAAUGAUGCAAAUGUAAUGUUGCCAGGAGGUGCAUUGAAGGAAGGAGGCAUGGUAAAAUCUGGCACCAGUAAGGUCACCUCUUCAGCAACAAGCUUAGAAGAAGGUGCAGUCAUGACAUCAUCAGGAGGAGGUGUCCAGGGGACUGGUGCUGCCAGUGCCACUGCCGCAGCAACGGUUUUGGCUGGAGGAACAGCAAAGGAGGGAGGCACGGUGAUCGCAGUGGUCUCCUCAAGCAGCUCUGGAGGAGCCAUAAUAUCAUCAGAGGGCAGUUCAACAGUGUCAGGUAGUGGAAUGACGGCGAUGUCAUCAGGGGGCGGUUCCACAGUGUCAGGUAGUGGAAUGACGGCGAUGUCAUCAGGAGGCGGUUCCACAGUUUCUAGUGGUGGAAUGACGGCGACGUCAUCAGGGGGCGGUUCCACAGUGUCCAGUGGUGGAAUGACGGCGAUAUCAUCAGGGGGCGGUUCCACAGUGUCCGCUGGUGGAAUGACGGCGAUGUCAUCAGGGGGCGGUUCCACAGUGUCCACUGGUGGGAUGAAGGCGAUGUCAUCAGAGGCUGGUUCCACAGUGUCCGCUGGUGGAAUGACGGCGAUGUCAUCAGGGGGCGGUUCCACAGUGUCCGCUGGUGGAAUGACGGGGAUGUCAUCAGGGGGCGGUUCCACAGUGUCUGCUGGUGAAAUGACGGGGAUGUCAUCAGGGGGCGGUUCCACAGUGUCCGCUGGUGGGAUGACGGCGAUAUCAUCAGGGGGCGGUUCCACAGUGUCCACUGGUGGGAUGACGGCGAUGUCAUCAGGGGGCGCUUCCACAGUGUCCGCUGGUGGAAUGACAGCGAUGUCAUCAGGGGGCGGUUCCACAGUGUCUGCUGGUGAAAUGACGGGGAUGUCAUCAGGGGGCGGUUCCACAGUGUCCAGUGGUGGAAUGACGGCGAUGUCAUCAGGGGGCGGUUCCACAGUGUCUGGUGGUGGAGUGAUGGCAAUGUCAUCAGGAGACAGUUCCACAGCGUCUGGUGGUGGAAUUACCGUGAUGUCAUCAGGGGGCGGUUCCACAGUGUCCACUGGUGGAAUGACGGCGAUGUCAUCAGGGGGCGUUUCCACAGUGUCUGGUGGUGGAGUGACGGCGAUGUCAUCAGGAGACAGUUCCACAGCGUCUGGUGGUGGAAUGACCACACAGUCCAGCACCUCUUCUUCCUCCACCUCUGUCGGGGGUGUGAUGUCAUCACCAGUGCCAGUCUCUACUGGUGAGAUUCCCACAGUUCCCAAGUAAAGAUGUCUGUUCAACACCAUCUCAAUUGGACCAUGGAGAGACUCCCUCUCCCAAACCCAGAACAACACCCAAACCCCUUCUUCACCGAAGACAACAAUGAGCAGCCUUCUGCUUUUCCCGUAAUAACAUUUUGUAUUGUAAUAAAACCUGCCACUGAUCCGACGCAGUCUAGGGAUUCAUCUUCUUCACUCAGCGUCUUAUUGGAGAUUAACCUGUAUAGGAUGUGGGUUAGUCCAGGAUUCUCAUCUAUGUUCAAUUUGUUUUUUAGCGCCAAUAUCAAUAAUUUUAAUGUGAGGCGAGUCUUGAUAUCAUUUAAUACUUAUUUUACCUCCUAUUCAAACUCUUGCCAAGUAAAACAUUUAUACAAAUUUCACCGCUAUUAGCUGCCACACACCUUGAAUGGCUAGCAAAACAAGGCCAGGGCUUGGGUUGGUGCUAGCAAAACAAGGCCAGGGCUUGGGUUGGUGCUAGCAAAACAAGGCCAGGACUUGGGGUUGGUGCUAGCAAAACAAGGCCAGGGCUUGGGUUGGUUUCACUAAGUUAAAGGAGCCAUUUGUAGGAUACCCAUCGUACAAAUGAAGAAAAUGGUACUUAUGGUUUAAAUGGUGUUGGGGAAAGUUGUCGGAAAUUUUUAACUUUCCAAAUUGUUUUUUUAUUGUUGGUGUAUUUAUGCUUAGUACAUUCAGCAUUGUCCUGACCAGCGCUUGACUUGGGAAAAAGAUAAGUGCAGGAACUGUCAAAUUACACAUUGGACUAAUUUAAUCAAAAUGUGUGUUAAUUGUGCUUAAAAAAGGAACCGGAACUGACACGCCGGUACUGACACGCCGUUCCAACCCAAGUCAAGCAUGGGUCCUGAUGAACUACUCGUGUUUAUUUUGUCCCUGUCACUGUGUUCCGUUGCCAGUCUCAAAGGAAUUGUGAUAAAGCUCUGGGGAAAAAGUCAAAAGUAAUCAGAAAUAUGUCAUUAUGGCGAAUACACGGGCUGACAUGGAUCAGAAAAGCGAGCUGUUGGCCGUUUUUCCUUUUGACAUGUAUGCUUGCUACCAAGAUACUCAUAACUUGCCUUGAACACAUGCAGAAAGCACUCGGUUUUCACUAUACGGGUAGGAUGAGCUCUACAAAAAUGGGAAUUUUUUCACAUGCUGUAUAACAUUAGCUAAGUUGCUAAGCUAGCUAGUUGUUUUGUACUUAAUGUUAACCCCAGGAAACAAUGCUGGUUUUUCACUAGCUUACCAGCUAACAAAGCAUGUUUUAAAGGUAUUCAGUGACGUGUGCUGAGUCAGUACAAUCAUUGUUUUAGUGUUUUAUUGGGUCACCUUCUGGACUAGGAUGGUAUUACAACCAGACCAACAGGAUCCUCAGCUAUAACCACUUAUAUAACGUCACAAUCACUUUUCACUGUUCACUAUUUUACACGUUAAGAAUUUUCUCACACCCACCAUAAAAUCAAUAAGACAGUGUGAUUAGUGGGUGAUUAUACAGUAGGGCUACCAACUGCUUACAACAAAUGUAUGGAGUAAUAAAAAAAAAAA